UCUGUGUGUGCGUGUGCGUGCGUGUGUUUCGUGUGAUCAAGUCAGCCUCCUUUACCAGAAAAUGCAGGCUCCUUCAAAAUAAAAGCAUAUUGUUACAACAGGAAAAAAUAACAAAUAAAACGAAGCAGCCUCAUUAGCGUUCUUAAAAUGUCGUACGUGGUAAAUGCCGUACGUUGCGCGUGAAACCCAUACUCAACGGACAUGUACCAUUGACGUACUGAUAUUGUUAUGUUCGUCAAUGAUUCUUUAGCUAGCUGUUUUUUUAGCUAGCUAACUUAUGUUAACCGGACAUCUUUUGUGUAGCGUUAGCUUCAUACUGGCUAGCUUGACUAGAGCUAUCUUGUCGAUAAGGAAGUUUAUCACUACGUUUCUGGACCAAAUCCCAACUUCUUUGACUCUGGGCGCCCUGAAAGAGAGACAGCUGGAGGAGAAGAGAACAGAAGAGACUUCUCAGUAGCUGGACACUUUUGACACUGUGAGGGGAAGAUGUCUUCACCAAUAUAUUACAACCAAGACAGUGUUACCCGCUUCAAGAAAAGAAAAGCUCGUUUCUCUUUCAGUGAAGUCCACAUACUGUUGGAUGAAGUGAGGAAGCAUCGGAUGGUUGUUGUGGGCAAAUUCAAUCGUGGUGUGCCAACAGACAUGAAAAAACGCACAUGGGCAGAGAUAACUGCUCGUGUCAAUGAGAUCGGGGAGUGCCAACGCGAAGUCAUCGAGGUCAUCAAGAAAUGGUCCGAUCUCAAGUGUGACACCAAGCGGAAAGUGGCUGCGAUGCGAUCAGGGACAGUACCCAACAGGGGCCUCAACUCUCGGCUCUCCAGAGACCUUAAUCAGACUGAGAAGAUAGUGCUCCAGAUUCUGGAGAUGGAGGAGGACCAGAGCACGGGUGACUUCGGCCCGCUGGGAGAUGAUGAUGAUGUGCCAGAGGAGGAAGAGGAAAUGGAAGAGGAGGAUAUGAUUGGAAUGCAGAGUUCUCCUAAUGGUGGGUUGGAAAUGGCGUCUAUGCCCCCACCAACCUCCUACACCAUGAAGGAGUCUUCACAGCCUGCGUUUGAUGUGCAGUAUGAAGUACCUGCAGCAGAAGAUGCAGAAGCUGCAUAUGGAGACUCUGAUGAUGACCAGAGGGAUGAUGUGCUUCCUUCCACUCAGACAGCAAAACCAACAGAGGAUCACCAAGGAAACAACGGCAUCCAGAAACCAGGACAGCCUCAGACAUCCUCCGCGCUGUCAACGUCAAAAUCCACGCUUCCGACAGCAGGCCAGCCCUCGCAGAAUACCAGAGAAAGCAUGCUACAAAAUGCAUCGCUGAGCCUUCAGGAACAGCACGCCACCAACAUCCUGCUGGAGACGGUCUCGCGCUCCCUAGAGCUCCUGUCUGAGUCUGUACAGCAGCUGGCAGAGACUCAGCAGGAGUUCGUUCGCGAGUCGCUGCAGCUGCAGCGGGAGACAGUGCAGGUUCUCAGAGACUUCACAGGUGGAGCCAUUGCACUUAUGCAUGACAAACUGAAUGGACGGCCAGCGUUAUAGCAGCAAAGUGUCAGACAGAUGUUAAGUUGUAUCACUGACUACAUACAUGGCCUUCAGGUGCAGGAACCUUUCAGUUCCUUUGGACUCCACCGCUGGUUACUUUACUUUUUGAUAGUACUCAACAGAUUUUCUGUUGUUAUAUUUUAAAACUGUAUUCGUAGAAACAUUGUAUCCAUGGGAUUGCUGUCUGUGAGGUUACACGAGAAAGGAUUGAGAAAAUAACCAGUUAGCCAUAAAGAAAGAACACGUGGAUUUUUUUGCUACUGAAAGUGAGACUUCUACCACUCAUGUUGUAAAGCAUUUUUAUCAAGCAUACACCACAUUUAAAGCCUUUACAUUCUUUUAAUGUUGACAUGCAAAGAAUGAGUCUUUGGUUUUUGAAAAGUUGGUCUGAUCUGUCUGUGUGUCCUUGUAUAAGUUAUAGUUUCAUCAGUCUGGAGAUUAUCACAUGUACUGUAAUGGUGAAUGGAUUUCCGCACCUGACCAUUAUAUGGUCUGUAUGUCUGAAAGCUCAACAAGGUGUGUUAGAUAUUUUGACAUUACCUGUAACUGAAUAAGUUGUGAUGGUCUGAUUUUGUUUUUUACAUUGCAAACAUGAACACUUGAAUAUGAAAGUUUCAGUCAUUUCUUUUGAAUAUGAAAUAAACCCCCAUGCAUUUAAACUCAA